ACUCUACACUUUGACAAUGUUUGAUGAUGGAUGCAAAUGACAUGAAUGAAGCAAUUCACUUUGGGUCUCAAGAUGAUGCCUUGUUUCAUCAGGCUCUUGACGCCCUCGAGAUGAUGGAUGAAGCAGGCCCAAUGAAUGUCAAAGAUGCUAGCGAUUCCCAAGAAUCAAUAUCUGAGAGUCAAAACAGAGCUUUGCACCACGCCUAUGAAGCAAAUGAGCAAAGUGCUACUCGCAUGUCCAAUGUUAAAUUCAGUGACCAUAAUAUCGGCUCUGAAAAUUUGACUUGUGGACCUUCAUGUAAUGCCUGCUCUGCUGGAACUGGUUCCACCUCCGCUAGUUGUACCACCAAAACUGAAGAUUCUGAAAGUUCUUUGAAUGCCUUCAGUGGAGUUGAGACGGACCGCAAGCAGAAGCUGCGAUUGGGGAACACCUACUUGACCGUGUCCAACCUGGUAGCGCAGCUGUGGUGUGAGCAGCAGAUGGUGUAUAACUUUUGGAAGCCCGACUUGGAGCUGAUUGUGGAGUCCACGUCCACCAUGCCUGCCGAACACAAAGCUGCUGUGAAGGCAGUGGUGGCUGCAGCCAGCAGUGGGAGCAGAGUUCAUGAAAAGCGAGAUCAUGAAGUUAACAAGUACAUUCCAGUCAAAGUCAAGACACGAGAGGAUAAUUAUGGCAUUCGACUCGUCAACAUCAUGGUCUCCUUGAGGGGGCUGCUCCUGAGGGGUGAACCCUGUGCUAGAGAGAUCCCCAUCUUUGGGUUGCCCCUUGGCCAUGGAUUUGUAGUAGUGGGUACUAUCGAUGAGCUCCGGUUCGACAGUCAGGGACGAUUUGAGCUGGUCGAGUUCAAGACUCGGGGAGACAUUUCGCGGCCGAUACGCAGACAGCAGAUGCAGGCCUACAAGAUGCAGAUGAUGAUGUACAAGAAGAUGCUUGAAGACCUGGGGCGAGGGCACGUUGAUGGUCAAGCAGUACUCCAUGGACUUAAAAUGGAUCCUCAUCAGAUCCUUAAUGAUGAACUACUCAAGUACGUUAGGCAGCUAGGCGAUGCAAGCAGAACGAGUGUCACGCUCGGUGAGCUGAUGAGUGAAGUGAUGCAACAAUUUGAGUUCCUCCCGUAUGUGGAUGUCCUUACACUGGAAUUCAGUAGCCGGGAUGACAGCGCAACCAUCACCACGGAAACGGUAGACUUUGAUGCCGACUGGCUGCAGCAGCGCCUGGACCACUGCCACGCAUUCUGGGCAGAGGAGAGAGAUGCGGAAGGCGUGGACAUUGAAGACACGUGGAAGUGCGGGAUUUGUGCAUUCUACGACAGGUGCGAGUGGAGACAAAGGAUGAACGAGAUCUGUGCACAAAAAAACAUUGCUAGAAGGCUGCAGGGAAAGUAAUUAAUCUUCCCAAACCCUUCCCAGUCUUUGUGCAAGGUUUUGAAAGGUUUACGUUAUUCAGGAAGGGAGAACCCAGCCUCUACACGUGUAGUAUGACAUGAGGCUUGAUGCCUCUUGAAAGUUUGAGAAUGCACCGAGAAUGUGCCAUUCUGUUACAGCACACUGGGCGAUUUUAGACAAUUUGGCAUAGCCAUUGACAAAGUGCGAUACAGAUAACUUUUUAAUCCAUAUCUUUAAGUUGCACCUUUCAGCACAGCACUUUGAAAACAGGAUAUUUAGGCUGCCGUUUAAAUCUGUAUUUUUGUGUAGUCUUAGCCUAAGACUCUCAGCGCUAGGACACACAUGUAACUGGAUAGAUCCCUUGGCACUAUCCAAACCAACUCAUUGUAUCAUACUACCAGGUCAUAAUAUUUUUGAGAGAAGUUCACACUGCUCAGGUGCUGUUCAGGUUAUAACAGAAUCAAUUUAAUAUUUUCUGCAGCAUUUUAUACAUUAGCAGAAUUUCCUUAUUGUGGCUCUUGAAAAUCUUGACAUGUCUGAAAAACAGAAAAUUUCUCAGCAGAUACAAUAUUUUUGCACAAGGCAGGUGUAUUAAAUCAUUUGACACUGCAGUGUAGGUGUGACAAAACACUGCUGUGCCUGGCUCACUGGUGUACAUCUGGGGGCCUAUCCGGGAUUUUCCUAAAGGGGGGGCGUGAACUAAGGCAAUUAUGGUAAAAUGGCUGUACGGUGUGGGGUCUGGAUCCAUUUCGGGUUUUAGGCACUCUGUGGUGCGAUUUCAGGCAGUAUGACCCUUCUCUUUUCUUCUUCCCCCUCUUUCUUUUUUUAUGAAUUUAUUUUUUGGGGGCAAAAGGGAAUGUGCCCCCCUCCCC